AUGGAACCCGCGGCGGCGACGACGUCGUUCCCGGUGGCGCAUGACCCGCCGCCACGGCCGGCGCCGCAUGUGGAGCAGCUGGGCCAGGGCCCGGCGCGUCGCAGAUGGGGCCACUGGGCGUUCCUGGUGAUCUUGCCACUCGUCCUCAUCUGCAGCUUCGCCUUGGGCGUGUACCUGGCGCGCCACAGCUUUCGGGACUUGGGUUUCGUGAUUGCCGUCUACUACUUCACCGCGCUGCUCUACUGCUGCCUCGUGAAGCUGAGCCACCUGCGGCGCGACGACACGGCGGCGGCGCCCGAGCGGUGGCGGGUCAGGCUCGCCGUGUGGACGAUCUCGGUGGCGCUUGCGAACGUGAUCGCUAACCGUAUCGCCGACGCCAUGUCGGACCUGGGGCUACAAAUCGCCGUCUGGGUGAUCACAGGCGUGGGCGUAGGCGUCGAGUUCUACUUAUCUAUAAUAUCUAUAAAAUUCAUCCCCACUAAGAUGCAAUUAAUGUUUGCAAGCUCAAAGCAGAUGCAGCCACGUCACCCCAUUUAA